AUGAUGUUUCAUGGUCCUUGUGGUAAGGCUAAUAUGAAUUUUCCAUGUAUGGAGAAUUGUUUGUGCUCUAAGUCGUAUCCUAAACCGUUUUCUGAGAAGACCACGAUUAAUAAAGAAGGAUUUCCGGUUUAUAGAAGGCGCGAACAGUCGGAGAACUUUGUCCUAAAGAAUGGUUACAAAUGUGACAAUCGGUGGGUUAUUCCAUAUAACAAGAGACUGUCUCUACGUUUCCGAGCUCAUAUUAACGUGGAGUGGUGCAACCAAGCUGGAUCUAUCAAGUACUUAUUCAAGUACAUAAAUAAGGGACAAGAUCGUGUCACUAUAGCUGUGGAACCACCAGAUCACAUUGUUGCUAAUGAGUUGGGCAAUGAAGACAUAACGGUGGAGAACAUUGAAAAGAAAAGAAACGAGCUGAAGGACUUUUUUGAUUGCAGAUAUGUGUCUUCUUGUGAAUCACCUUGGCGAAUCUUCAAAUUUCCUAUUCACUAUCGAUCAACUGCUGUGGAGAAGUUGAACAAAAUCGAUGAGUUUGCAAGAACACUAACCUAUGCCGAGAUUCCUAUCUACUAUAUCUUUGACAAGAAGACAAAGAAGUGGAAGAGGCGGAAAAGAGGUUUCUGUUUAGGAAGAAUAAAUUAUGCUCCUCGGAAACAGGAAGCAGCAUAUUUCUUGCGCAUACUGUUGAACAUUGUCAGAGGGCCUACAAGUUAUAAUGACAUUAAGACCUUUGAGGGAGUUCUCUAUCCUGAAUACAAAGAUGCAUGCUUUGCUCGUGGGUUAUUAGAUGAUGAUCAGGAGUACAUUGAUGAUAUUGUAAGGAGAAGCUACGACUGCUCUGCAAGUGAUCUACGACAGAUUUUUGUUAUCAUGCUUAUGAGUAACACUUUCUCUGCCAGAGGAUUGGUGUUGAGCGACGAUGACAAAAAGAAGUAUGCAUUACUAGAGAUUGAGAAGCUGUUGAGACGUAACGGCACAUCUCUACCAAGAUUAACUUCAAAGCCAAAGCUGCCAAAGACAAGCACUCAAGAUUUUAAUGUCUUGGUAGUAGAUGAGCGCAGCUAUGAUCAAGGUACACUAAAAGAGACUCUUGAUAGAGAUAUUCCGAAAAUGACAGAUGAGCAAAAGGAAAUUUAUGAUCAGAUCCUUGCUGCUGUUGAUCAAGGAAAUUGUGGAAUGUUUUUUGUUUAUGGAUUUGGUGGUACUGGAAAAACUUUUAUCUGGAAGUUACUUUCUGCAGCGAUUAGAUUUCGAGGGGAUAUUGUUCUAAACGUCGCAUCAAGUGGCAUUGCUUCGUUGUUACUACCAGGAGGUCGGACUGCUCAUUCAAGAUUUGGUAUCCCAUUAAAUCCAGACGAGUUUUCAUCAUGUACUAUGCAGCCUGGAACUGAUCAAGGUAAUUUAGUCAAAGAAUCAUCACUCAUUAUAUGGGACGAAGCUCCAAUGAUGGGCAGACAUUGUUUUGAAGCUUUGGAUAGGAGUUUAUCUACUAUAAUUGGGAAGCAUGCGAACCAGCCCUUUGGUGGAAAGGUUAUUGUCUUUGGGGGUGACUUCAGGCAUGUUCUUCCGGUUAUAAAUGGAGCUGGUAGGACUGAGAUCGUUUUGGCUUCUCUCAAUAAGUCCUAUCUUUGGGACCACUGCAAAGUUCUGAAGCUCACCAAGAACAUGCGUUUAUUAUCGGAUGGUUUGUCACCAGAAGAGGCUGUGGAUCUUAGGGAUUUUUCUGCUUGGAUAUUAAAAGUUGGGGAUGGUAAACUUGCAGAGCCUAAUGAUGGUGAAGCGGUGAUCGAUAUUCCAUCAGAAUUUCUUAUAACAGACUCCGAAAAUCCUAUAGAAGCAAUCAGUACAGCCAUUUAUGGGGAUACUUCUUCUCUACAUGAAAAGAAAGAGGCCAAGUUUUUUCAAGAGAAAGCUAUCCUAUGUCCGACUAAUGAAGAUGUCAAUAUGAUUAAUGACUACAUGCUGGAUAGGCUUGAUGAGUGA